GGAUAGGAGGGGAGACCCCCUGCGGGGACCCGGGCUUGGCUGGCUGCCGCGAUCACUCGUCGGGGGCGGCCGAGGGCGAGCCCAGUGCAGCUGCGGGGGUGGCCGCCGCGGUGGGACGAGCCCAGCGGCCGGUGGUCCCCUGCGCGGGUGGCGGGGACAUCCUCCCCUGUUCACUUCUUUCGGAUUCCAAGGAGCCGGGUUCGGCGUGGCUUCCCAGAAUGUCGCGAAAGCCUCAAACGCUGCCUGGCCUCUGAUUCCCUUUUUCUUUUUAUUAAAAGACAGCAGGCCCCAAGCUCACAGCUUUCAACAGGCACCUGUAACUCGUUAGACUGACCCAUAUCUUUUGUCACCACCCCACCUUUUGGGAAGGUUACCUUGUCUGUGACAAAUGAUUCUGGUUUCCCAUUUAAGGUGGCAAGGUCCAGUGAUCUUUUGACUGCCACAUAUGGACUCCCAAAAAUCUCCGAAGGAAACUGUCCUCAUUACCGGAGGAGGUGGCUAUUUUGGUUUCCGCCUGGGCUGUGCUUUGAACCAGAAGGGAAUCCAUGUGAUUCUGUUUGACAUCAAGAGCCCUACUCAGACCAUUCCAGAAGGAAUCAAGUUCAUACAUGGAGACAUUCGCCACCUCUCUGACAUAGAGAGAGCCUUCAAGGGGGAGGAUGUCACUUGUGUGUUCCAUGUUGCUUCGUAUGGUAUGUCAGGGAAGGAGCAACUGGAUCGAAAGUUGAUUGAAGAAGUCAAUGUGGGGGGCACAGACAACGUGCUCCAGGCUUGCAGGAGGAGGGGGGUCCCAAGAUUAGUUUACACUAGCACUUUCAAUGUCAUCUUCGGAGGUCAAGUUAUCAGAAACGGAGAUGAAUCUCUGCCUUACCUACCUCUGCACCUCCAUCCUGAUCAUUACUCUCGGACCAAAUCUAUCGCAGAGAAGAAGGUGCUGGAGGCCAAUGGGACGGUCCUGGAAGGAAGCAAUCGUGUCUUGAGAACCUGUGCUCUAAGGCCGGCUGGCAUCUACGGGCCUGGAGAACAAAGGCACCUCCCCAGGAUAGUGAGCUACAUUGAGAGGGGCCUGUUCAAGUUUGUGUUUGGGGAUCCCAAGAGCCUGGUUGAAUUUGUCCAUGUGGAUAACUUGGUGCAGGCUCACAUUCUGGCCUCAGAGGCCCUGAAAGCUGACAAAGGCCACGUUGCCUCUGGAGAGCCCUACUUCAUCUCAGAUGGCAGGCCUGUGAACAGCUUUGAGUUCCUCCGGCCUUUGGUUGAGGGCCUGGGCUACACCUUCCCAUCCGUCCGCCUGCCAUUGACCCUCAUCUACUGCUUUGCGUUCCUAAUGGAGAUGGCCCACUUCAUCGUGCAUCGACUCUACAACUUCCAGCCCUUCCUCACCUGCACUGAAGUGUACAAAACUGGCGUCACACAUUACUUUAGCCUGGAGAAAGCCAAGAAGGAGCUAGGUUAUGAGGCUCAGCCGUUUGACCUCCAGGAAGUGGUGGAAUGGUUUAAAGCCCGUGGUCAUGGCAGAAGUCCUGGGAAUGGUGACUCUGAGGCUCUUGUUUGGGUUGGGCUAUUGGUCUCACUCUUGGUUGUAGCACUUCUCACAUGGCUGUCUUCUUCUGUGAUUCUGUCACUGUGAAGGAGGAGCUAAAAAUAAGGAGCUGAUCACAUUGGUUUGGAUGGUUUUCAAGAAACAUGGGUUUUAAAAGAUAGAUAUCUGAUGCCAAAUUUUGGCUCUUUAGAUUGCUGUUUAAGAAUAGGUUCUUGGACUAAGUCUUCAUUUCUUACCUCUUUGUACUAAUCCUGAUGGGAGAAAAAAGAGGCAAAGAUAAGUUGGGAAUUUGGGUUCUUGUGUCCUGCUUUAGAGGGUACAGUAUAAGUCAUUUGGGAGCCAUAGAGCUAAACUUAGAUUGGAAUUAUCUUACUUGAAUUUCUCAGAACCUAAAACUGUACUUAUUUCCAUUCCAUAGACUUUGCAUCUACUUAGAGUGGACUAAAACCCACAUUGAUACAGGAAUGGCGAAACACUAACAGGCCUUGGGGCCGGCCUGGUGGCGCAGUGGUUUAAGUGCGCACGUUCUGCUUUGGCAGCCUGGGGUUCGCCAGUUCAGAUCCCAGGCGCAGACCUACACACCGCUUGUCAAGCCCUGCUGUGGUAGGCAUCCCACAUAUAGAGUAGAGGAAGAUGGGCACAGAUGUUAGCUCAGGGCCAGUCUUCCUCAGCAAAAGGAGGAGGAUUGGCGGCAGAUGUUAGCUAAGGGCUAAUCUUCCUCAAAAAAAAAAAAAAACCACUAACAGCCCUUGAAAAUGUGUGAAAAACACCAAAUUGUGCCAGAUCCCUCAGACCAACCCUCUGAGGAAAUGAUGGCUGUUGCAGGGGAGGCACUGACUCUUCACAGUGUCAGUUUUGGGGAUUCCUUUUCACCUUUUCUCUUAUAAAACCGUUAAACCUGUGUGACCACAUGGUAGUGUUUGAUGUUUAAACAGGUAGACCUUUAUCUUCUCUCAUAGGAUUCUUUUGAGGAUUAAAUUAAACGAGGCAUAUAAAGUGCCACCCACACACCUAAGCCAUUAUUUUUCUUAAUAUUGUUACUGUACAUUCCCAAUGAUGCUUUUCUUCCUUGGGGUAUUCCGUUCAGAGGGUGCUGUUGCUACUAAUCUUUCUGGAAUGCCUUCGCGAUAUGCUCUCAGAGUCUGUAACAAGUGUGUUUGAAUAUCCUCAUCUUUGUAUAAAGUUUUGGUCUCUGAGAUUGAAGUUUAGGAAAGAGCUAAAAAUCUGAUGAUUAAGGAUGAUGAUCAAGCUAAUGAUGCCAUUUGUAAUUAAAAAGUGAAGCGUAACUCUAAACUAACAGACUGGUUUUCUCACUGGGAAGAAUUUGGGUUCUCUGAAGGCAGCUUCCAGGGAGCAGUGUUUUGAACAAUGGCCGCAUUGUCUAGCCGCCCCCGGGGACUGCCGUGGAAGAGUUCAGGUUGUACUGUUGCGUAAGAACCAAAGUGGAAAGAAGACAGCGAAUCUUUACCCAUUCGGUGAUUCCAGCUGCAGAAAGGGCAGUGUUCCACCCUUGAGAAGAGGAUCGAUUGCUGUGGACGGUUACGUUAGAGUUGGUCGGGAAGAUGAAUACUCCCUGGUGAACGGCGCCUGGGUGUUUUGGGAAAAGUGCUCAAUCUGAUACCAGAAGACCUGCAACCGUGAAUAUUUUGUGUGGCCUUAACCAAGUAACUGAAGCCUCUUUAGGCCUCAGAUUCCUCAUUUGGGAAAUGGGAAUGACUAUUUGCCCUUUCUCUAAACCCACCUCCCUACCUCACAGGGUUUGUUGUGAUCGUAAAAUAAGAUGUGGUGAAAGUACUUUUAAUAUAUAAAUUGCAACAUAAAAAUGAGA